UAUGAGUCUAUUUGAUUGUGGUGGGUGAGGUUAUCAUGGAGAGAGCUGUGUUUAAAGUCACCUCUUUGCUGCUGCUGCUGGCUUUGGUUACUACUCUGCCAACCAAGGAGGACUGGGAUAUCUACAGCUUUCACAUCAACUCCAAAGUGACCAGUCGUUAUGCCACCACUGUCAUUACAAGCCGUGUGGCCAAUCGCAUGGACGAGUACAAGGAAAUAGAGUUCCAUGUCCGGAUUCCCAAUAAUGCCUUCAUCAGUAAUUUCGUAAUGUGUAUUGAUGGGAAGCGGUACACUGGUGCUGUGAAAGGAAAGGAGCAAGCUCAGCAAGAGUACACUCAGGCUGUGUCCCGUGGCCAGAGCGCUGGGAUUGUCAGAUCUGUAGGGAGGACCCUGGAGGAAUUUAAGACUUCUGUGACUGUGGCUCCUCACAAAAAGGUGACCUUUGAACUCACAUUCGAGGAGCUGCUGACACGCAGGUUCGGCCAUUACAAGCUGCAAAUCCAUGCUCGCCCCAUGCAGCCUGUCAAAGACUUCAAGGUGGAUGUGCAUAUUCAUGAGGAAGCCGGCAUCAGUUUCAUUAACGUUGAAGGAGGACUGAGCACCAAGGACCUGGCUGAUGCCAUCACCAAAACACUUGAAGAUAAAGAGGCUUGGGUGUAUUUCUACCCCACCGAGGACAAACAGAAAACAUGUGACAGGUGUGGAGAGCAGGGUAUGAAUGGAGAUCUGGUUAUUGUGUACGAUGUGAACAGAAACGCCUUGAUUGGAGACAUUGAGAGAAGUUUGGAUGGGCACUUUGUUCAUCACUUCGCUCCAUCCCCUCUUACCCGAAUAUCCAAGAACGUCGUCUUCAUUAUUGAUCAAAGUGGCUCCAUGAAAGGCACAAAAAUUCAACAGACGAGAUCAGCAUUACUCCAUAUCUUGAGUGACCUGGCAGGAGACGACUACUUUGGUCUCAUCACCUUUGACCACGAAAUCUUUCACUGGAAACGAGAACUUGUUCAGGCCAGCCAGGAAAACCUGGGUAGUGCAAAGGAAUUUGUAAAGCCUAUAAACGAUAGAGGAGCCACGGACAUUAACCUGGCAGUGUUGGAAGGAGCCCGUAUGCUGAAUGCAAAUCCGAGAGAAGGUUCAGCAUCGAUCCUGAUACUUCUCACUGACGGACGCCCAGUUGGAGGUGUGACAGAUCUGGGAAGAAUAAAGUCAAAUGUAAAGGAGGCCAUUGCAGGCAAAUUCCCACUCUACUGUCUUGGUUUUGGUUUUGAUGUCGACUUUGAGUUCCUGAAGACGAUGUCGCUGCAGAACGAUGGUGUGGCGCGGCGGAUCUAUGACGAGUCUGAUGCUGAUAUACAGCUGAGGGAUUUCUAUGUAGAGGUGGCCACUUCUCUCCUGACAGAUGUGACAAUGACAUAUUUGGGUGGGACCAAUUUAACCCAGACAAACUUCAGCCAGUAUUAUGAUGGCUCUGAGAUCGUGGUGGCCGGUCAGAUCCCUGACAACAACGUUGAAACCUUUAUUCCACAAGUUGUGGCCAUCUCUCGGAAUGGCAAGGUGACAUUUUCGGAAACAAACUUCGCUGGAAUAUUGUCUAACGACCACAUCCAGAGGGUUUGGGCCUACCUCACAGUCAAACAGCUUCUGGAGAAAGAGCUGCUGUGGUGCGAACCGGAGGAGGACAAGGUGAAGGAGGAGGCCUUGAAGCUGUCGCUGAAGUACAGCUUUGUGACCCCACUUACAUCCAUGGUGGUGACCAAGCCUCAAGGAGAGAGCACAGAUGUGCUCCAUAAACCAAAGGAAGGUGGGACAGACACAAACCCGCAGAGGGGUUCUCAAAGAGGUUCUGCAGGAGGUUAUGGAGGAGGAUAUUCUCAUAGCGUUCACAUUCCAGCACUUUAUCCUAUGCACACUGGAGCAGCUGGUCAUAUCAACCAACACGCAACCAUAAUCGCUGGAUCAGUGCCCUCUCCUCCUCUGCGCCCUGGAGAAGCUCAUCUUUCUCACAGGUUUUUGCUGAGAGCUGAAUAUCAGUCUAUUCCACUGUGCUUUGACAUCACUGGAAAUGAACGGCUUAAACUACUUCACAGUCCCAGCAGGGAGCUGUCUGUGAACGGUGAGCUGGACUCAUUUGCAGGUGGGGGCUUCACAAAGAUCGUCAUCCACGUCAAAGCUGACCUGUACAUUGAUGUAGAUAAAAUCAUUGUACGAGAUGGACAGACACUGACACGCCACACUGGAGAGGAGUACAUCACAGCUGGAAGUGUGACGGUGAUUAAACGGAACAAGGAAGUGGAUGUCGCUACUGGGGACAUACGAAUUGUCAUCUUACUUCAUGAGAGACACGGUGAAAAAUUCCUGUGGCCGGUUUUAAGGCAACAUCCAUCUGACAACAACGCUGAAGGAAUUUUAGCUCUAAAACCUGCGGUUUAUGAGGAGCGGCAGCAAACUCCCUCUUCCAGGCUUAUGAUCAAUGGGCAGGAGGUCGAUGUGGGCAGAUCCGAUGCUGUUGACUACAGUAUUGUCCGUCCCCCUAAACGGGGUUGCUGGCUUGUCUCUGCUGAUGCUGCCCUGCAGAGACCCCUGGAUGACUUCAUCAUAGAACAGCUUUAAGUGAGAGUGACACUGUAUCUCUUGAGAAGAUCAUCCACCUGUGAUACUCAACAUAAAUGAAUAAAUAGUGUCCCAGA